AUGCGGGCAACUGCAGCCGAGCAAAACGUUCCGGACGCCGUUACAGCAACCGAAGCCGAUCUCAUAAAUACGCUGGCGUUCGAAAGGCACUCUGGUGACCCUGAAAACCAAACAGGUGGUACGCAUAGUGGGAAAGCCUUACUUAUUGAAGCUCCAGAAGGCGAGGUUGCUGGUAUGGCUUUCUAUUUUACCACAUAUGUUGCAUGGGCUGCGAAGUCUGGAAUUUGCCUCGAGGACCUUUAUGUGCUUCCAAAGUAUCGUUGCAGAGGAUAUGCAAGGCUCUUGGUCCAAGGGGUCGCAAGGAAGGCCGAAGAGCUUGGUUGUACGAGGAUGGAAUGGCUUUGUUAUAAAGAAAACCACCGUGCUCUGAAAUUCUACCGUGGUAUCGGUGCAAAGGAAAUGGAUGCUUUAACAUUCCUAAGGCUUGAUGGAGAUUCAAUGGCCAAAUUUGCAAAUGAGACUGUUAGUUAA